CUUCCUGGUGCCCUCCUCUCAGCGCAGCAGCGUGGAGUCGCCAGUUUCCAGCACGCUCUUCAUUCAGAGGGCGCAAAGAUUCUGUAAAGUAACCGAGCUGCCGUCAAAAUGCUCGUUUUAUUUGAGACCGCAGCUGGAUACGCGAUAUUCAAGGUCCUCAAUGAAGCCAAGCUGCAAGAAGUUGACAGCCUCUAUAAGGAGUUUGAAACUCCCGAGAAGGCAAACAAAAUUGUGAAACUGAAGCACUUUGAGAAGUUUCAGGACACCACAGAGGCCUUAGCAGCUGCCACUGCCCUAACCGAAGGAAAAAUUGGCAAGAGUUUGAAGAAAGUGUUGAAGAAGGUUGUGGCAAAGGAUGCUCAUGAGCAGCUGGCCAUCAGCGAUGCAAAGCUGGGCGGUGUCAUUAAAGAAAAGAUGGACCUGAGCUGUGUCCACAACUCUACUGUGGCUGAGCUAAUGAGGUGCAUCAGGGGUCAGAUGGAGAACCUCAUCACCGGCCUUCCCCCCAGGGAGAUCAGUGCCAUGUCCCUUGGAUUAGCUCACAGUUUAUCCCGCUACAAGCUGAAGUUCAGUCCAGACAAGGUGGACACUAUGAUUGUGCAGGCCAUCUCUCUUUUAGAUGACCUGGACAAGGAACUCAACAACUACAUUAUGCGCUGCAGAGAGUGGUAUGGAUGGCACUUUCCAGAGUUGGGAAAGGUUGUGACUGACAACUUGGUCUACUGCAAAGCUGUACGCAAAAUAGGCGACCGCACAAACGUUGCCGGCUCUGAUUUGUCAGAAAUCCUCCCAGAGGAAAUCGAGGCAGAGGUCAAAUUGGCCGCUGAGAUCUCCAUGGGAACCGAAGUGUCGGAGCAGGAUAUCGGCAACAUCAGGCACCUCUGCGAUCAGGUGAUUGAUAUCACAGAGUACCGAACUCAACUGUACGACUACCUGAAGAACCGAAUGACGGCCAUCGCCCCCAACCUCACCGUGAUGGUGGGAGAGCUGGUCGGAGCCCGUCUCAUCUCACAUGCAGGAUCCCUUCUGAAUCUGGCCAAGCAUCCAGCCUCUACCGUGCAGAUCCUCGGAGCAGAGAAGGCUCUCUUCAGAGCCCUGAAGACCCGCAAAGACACACCCAAGUACGGUCUCAUCUACCAUGCUUCCCUGGUGGGCCAGACCAGUGCUAAGAAUAAGGGCAAGAUCUCCAGAAUGCUAGCUGCUAAAGCGGCCCUGGCCAUUCGUUAUGACGCCCUGGGAGAAGACACAAAUGCAGAGAUGGGAGUGGAGAAUCGAGCCAAACUGGAGAUCAGGCUACGCCAUCUGGAGGAGAAAGGAAUCAGACGAAUCAGCGGAACGGGCAAAGCAAUGGCAAAGGCAGACAAAUACCAGCACAAGAGUGAAGUGAGAAUUUACGAUCCGUCCGGGGAUUCUACCAUUCCCUCCACCUCAAAGAAGAGGAAGUUUGAGGAGGUGGAAGAGGCUGAAGAGCCCGUAACACCGGCAGUCAAAUCCAAAAAGGCAAAAAAGCAAACCGUACAAGAAGUAGUAGUAGAGGAAGAGGUAGCAGAGGAGACUCCCAAGAAAAAGAAGAAGAAAAAGGACAAGAAAGAGGAGGAAGCAGAAGUGGAAGAAGUAGCCGUUACAGAGUCAACAGAAAAGAAAAAGAAGAAGAAGAAGAAAAAGAUCAAGGAGGAGGAGGAGGAAGAUGAUGAGUGAAAUGGUGGCGACUGUAUAUAUUUUCUGUUUUAGUUUUUAUGUCCUUUUACAUCUGUGUCAUACAUUUAUAUCAAAAGGACAAUGCUGUAUUGAUUGCCCGUUUCCAUACAUAAAAAAAAUCUUCUUUUUAAUAAACGUGAGCAUGAUGCAGUCAAAACCAGUAGAUUUCUAGUUAUUGAAUCAGUGAAAAUGUAAAUAUUGUUCUUGCAAUGUUUGAUCCUGGUUUGACAGUUGACAAACUUGCAUUAGACAUGUAUUAAAUUCAGCAAAAUCCCCUUUCUUUGUGACGCACCCCUGGUGAAAUAAACAUUUUUGUUACGAUUUG